AUGACGGAUGGCACAGGGGCCGCAGAGAGCCUCAUGGAGGCCAGGCGCGUUUACAGCGAGCAGGCCACCUUGGUACAGGGCCCAGCGUACGCCGCCUCACAGCAGUUGUUCUUCGAGCAGCGCAGGGUUGCCAAGCGCGGCCCCCCGACACCGGCCUUUUCCUCAACGGGGCUGGCCACCCCAACCGGAGACACCUUUGGCCCAACGGCUCCAACCGCCUCAGGGAGUACUCCGCCGGCAAAGCAAGACACUGGUCUUUUCCAGCCCAUGCACUACCAGCAGGAGACGGCCUUUGUAGCCACAGCCCACUCCGCCGGUGUCAACGCAAACAACCCGACAGAUAUGGCCCUAUGGAUGAAGGAAACGAUUUCCACCAGGGCGCAAGUCCUGGACACCAUCCGGCAUUACCACACCGCCGUGAUCCGUCCUGAACUCUACAAUUUGAUCAACCAAGUUGAGGCAGCAUUGGUCUCGCUGGACGAUAGACUACUACGCCAAUCCAAGGAGUUAGCCUGGAUGGCUUCAGAGAACAGAGCCCUCCAAAAGCAAAGUGCUGCACUCAUGGUCAUUUUGACCGGCUGGGAUACGAGCAUGUCGCCCUCCGAACGGCUCUUCAUGGUCAAUUGGAUGCUCGAGCAGAUCACCCACGUCCAGGCCUUCUUGCAGCAGAGGGGGUGGGCCAACUUCGACGGCGAGUACAAGUACCUCAAUGUCCUCUCUGCAGACCCGUCUACUCCGCCGGCAGGGGCACAGAAGUGGAGCUCGGUAACGCUACUCAGCUUCAAAUCCUGGGACCUGAGAAAGGCGUUCAUGGAGGCAUAUGGUGGCACUCAGGGUACCCCACUGUACAAGGAUGCGCGCACUCCAGUACCCCGCCACCUCCUCCAAGCCCUCAACCUCAAGGAGGAGACCGAGCCCCGCCAGGUGGUGAUCUUGUGGAAGACGCUCACGGUGAUGUCGCCCCAAAUGGCGCGCGGCUUUGAUGAGCAAGCCACCGCCUGCGCUCGCCUCCACUACUACGCCGAGGGGGAGCAGUUCAAAGGCAUCCUCGAGAUCACAAAGGUCAUCUCCGACUGGCUUGCAACCACUCCGCCCGAUGAGUUGAUGACAGAGGAGGACACGAUUUGGUCCUACAGCUGGAACAAGAUCGUCUUCGGGGUCCAGCAGGAGAUGGAUGCAGCAGAGCGCGACCACUUCGCCAACGCCAAGGCUGCAGCAAAGGGCACGGGCAAGGGGAUGCUUGCUGGAAAGGGGUCCCGUCACUGGACGGCCCCGAUGAUCUACUCCGCCAGCUCGAUGCCGUACCCGAUCGACCUCGAGAUCAGACUGGUGUCCCAAGUGGCCUACGUUUGGGAUGAGUAUUGUGAUAAGUUUGGCGAAAACAGCCGCAAAUGCGGCGACUACCGCCAGGCUACUUUUUCCGGAGCCCCGGUUGCGGCUACUCCGCUUCUCACGGUUUGGGUGCCCGCUCUAGACGCCUUCGACGGCAGCUUUUCCGCCGUUGGCGCAGGUAACAACAGAGAGCUCUAUCUGAGAUUCCUGAGUACCUCUGAAGCUAAGGAUGUUCUAACCUACAAGCAGAGUAACCUUCUGCACUGGACCGUUUGGUCACCAGAUCCAAAUGGUUACCUACGGUUCAACAAUGCCAAGCAGUUCAUAGCACAGGAUUUGUUAGUGACCAUUAUCUUCUAG